AUGACUGCGGCGCGUUCGCUCGUCGUCGUCGGUGCUCUCCUCGCGGUCGUCGCGCUGACUGCACAUGCAGACAUCCACAAUCUGCCAACCAAGUGGGUCAACACUGCCAGUUCAACUGCCCCGCAGCUGUCCACCAAGAAUGUCGUCCUGUCACCCGCGCUGGGUUGGCUGACUUGCUCUGGGUCAACCGGAGGCUACCGCUCCACUGGUUCUAGUUACUUCAGUCAAGAAUCGCUCCUGCAAGACCUCUACACAAACGAGAUCAGCAUUCGCUACGUUCAAGAGUAUCUGGCCAAUGCUGGCGCCAGCGUCCAUUCCACUCGAGAGCGCUGGUUUGAGACUCCCACAGAAGUCAUUAUCAACGACUUUGACACCGCAGCUGCCAAGAAAGUGACAUACACAGGCGGCACAUGGUCCUCUGCAACAAGCGUACUAGGGUAUGGUUCCGACCAACAUUGGUUUGCAGCAGCGGCUACGGAAACUGCCACAGCCACAUUUACGGCCACAAUUUCCACGGAUGGGUACUACCCCGUCUACAUGACUUCGCCUGCCUUGAACUCCAACCGAGGCUCCCCAGAUGUUCGCAUUACACAUUCUGGAGGCAUCCAGACACUGUCAGUCCCGCAGUAUCAACAGGGUGCCAUCUUUGUGUAUCUUGGUCGCUACUACUUUACUGCUGCGGCGGGAAUCAAGGUUGAGAUUACCAACAAAAUGCCCGUGUAUUCGGGCAAAUCUGCGAUGGUUGAUGCAGUUCGCGUCGGAUGCGGAGCGUCAACAGCUGGCAUUCCACGCUGGAAGCUGUCGGCCCAGGACUUUCUGUACUUUCAGAGCCAAAACCAGAAUGCAGGGUCGGGCCUUCAAAUAGCAGCCAACGGAGCGCCCACCAUUGACACCGACUACAAUGCCAGGGCGACUUUCUCCAACUUCAUGUACAACCAGAAGGUGGAUAUGGAUCUUGUCAACAGGCAAAAUGGUGCUGACUGGCUGUACGCAGGUAUUGGUGCAAGUGGAGGCGCUGGAUCUGGUGUCUCAACUGUAACACCCAACACCGCCCCCUCCGGUCUCAGUGCAACGCUCUACACGGCGUGCAGCACCGCGGCAACUAGCGUGCGCGUGAACGUUCAGCAAGCAACCGGACAAAACAACCAAGGAGGCUCCCUCGAUGCGUCCAAAACGGAAUUGACCCAAAACGCAUACAUGCCGUCGUUCAUUACAUACACCAUUGAUGUGUUCAACGGCACUGAAAUGGCGCUGAUGGCGAAAGAAUCCUACCGCGAAACGCUUGGUCGUGCCAUCUACAAGGGCAUCCACAAGUACUUUGUUCCAUCGUCUCCUACCAUCAUCCCGUUGCCGGUCACCAACCUUUACACUGUCUCAAGGACCGACAGCGUUGCCCUCUGCUGGGUUCAGCCGACUGACCCUCUUGAAUCAAGUGCAACUCCAACAGCGUACAAGCUGUACACCUCUACUGACGGUCGCGGCUGGGAUGCAGGUGUCAUUUUCGGGCCUACGGGUGCUAAUGUCGCGCUUGAAGGGAACUUUGGCAACAGCGUGUGUGGUGGCACGAGAUUGGUCGCGGUCGACACGCAGUACUACUUCAAAGUUGUUGGUGUCAAUGCUGGAGGAGAGGCUCUUACAAAGCUUACAGUCGCUGGGUACCGCAACUCUGGAAGCAGUCCGCGCAUUCUCGUGGUUGAUGCUUUUGACGCCGACUUUGUCCACGCGAGCGACAAUAUCGAGGGCCGCUACACACGCGAGUACGUGUACGAGUAUGCUAGUGCGCUACAGGCUGCAGGCUACCGCUGCGACUCGGCCACCAAGAACACUUUGCUCGACGCAACAUGGGUGAAUGCCUAUUUGGUGAACUACGAUACUGUCAUCUGGUUUGCAGGCGAGAACACUGGAAUCAACGUGUUCCCUGCCGCGCAUCAAGCUGUCAUCAACACUUGGAUUGCUGCUGCCAACAUUACCAAACCGCGCUCUUUGGUUGUCAGCGGCUCGCACGUCGCAUCGGGUCUUGCGGCUGCUGGUGGAGCCAGUGCGACCUUCCUCGCCAACAACCUGGGUGCUGGUUACGCCGGUUCCACUGCUAGCGCGCCAUUCGUUGCUCGCCAGGCUGUCGAUCCGGGCUUUACGAUGAGCGGCACCGUGACGUUCAACUCGGUCAUCGCGCUUGGCAACCCCUACCUUGUUCAAACCCCUGACAUCCUGACUACCGUCGGAAACGGCAUGGCUGCACUGUACUAUGGCGCUUCUUCUGGAACCAACAUUGCUGGUGUGAGCACUGUGGGAGGCAGCUACUCGUCGUUUUUGCUCGCCAUGCCAUUCGAGACAAUCAAGUCGAGCACUGAGCGCACUACGCUGAUGACGUCGAUUGUGAAGAGCGUGAUUCAACGUCGUGCCAGCUCUGCCAUCUCUGCAGCAACUGCGAGCGCUGCAACUGUUGCGUCUACGUCACAAGCAUCAGUGGCGACACUGUUGGCAGCUACGGCUUCAGCGAUGUCGUCGUCUGUUGCCUCGUUCGCUUCCAAGGCGUCUGAUGCCAGUGUUGCCUCGACGUCGGUUGCGUACGUGACGAGUGUUGCUUCCUUUGCAUCUGUCGCAUCUGACGCAUCUGCUGCUUCCGAUGCAUCUGUCGCAUCUGUGGCAUCCACCUCUGUUGCAUCCGACGCAUCUGUCGCAUCCGACGCAUCUGUCGCAUCCACAUCCGACGCAUCUGUCGCAUCCACUUCCAUUGAAUUCGUGACCAGCGUGGCUUCUGCCGUAUCCGGCGCAAGUGCCGCCUCCGCGGCGACGACAGCCUCUGCAUCUGCUGCGACGCUCGCCUCCGAAGCGUCUGGCGCCUCUACCGCAGCAGCUUCUGCCGCCUCUGCGUCUAUCGAAGCUGCGAACGCUUCCAGCUUCCCAGUCGGCCCAGUGGUUGGUGGCGUCGUUGGUGGCCUGCUUCUCCUGCUCCUUUUGGUCAUUCUGCUUGUGAUUCUGCUCCGCCGCCGACGACACACCAAGAAAGAACAGGGACCCGGCUCAGCGGAGCGCAACAAUGUUGUUCACAAUCCUGUCGCGGACGAUUCGGUUGGAACUUUUGCCAAUCCUCUGUUCCAUCAGCAGCAGGACGACGGGCUGUAUGAUGCCUUGACACCUGUUGCUGAACCUCGGCCAACAGCCUCGAAACAGGAAGAAUCUGGGCUGUACGAUCAACUCGGGCAUGCGUCUGGCCUCGCCUCUGGUGCUGAUGAAACCUACUCAACUCUGACUGGUGGAGAUCUGAGCUCGAAGACGGAGUACGCUUCCAUGCGCGCUAUGUAA